UAUCGCAGCAAUUCCGUGGAUGUGUCCCAAAUUUGCGUCGUGAGGCAGUACACGGUGGAUGGCAUUCCCCGACCCACCUUUCAGCAGAUGGUGUUCUUGCAGGAUGACAUGGUGGACUUUCCUGACAUAGGCACAUCAAUCCAGCUGCCGCACAGCUGUGCGAAUGAGUUGAGGGCGCAGCUUCAAGAUUUGGCUUGCCGAGUCCACUUGGGAGUUAGGUUUCAGACGGCUCGAGGGAACCGAAUGAUACGCUUCCACUUGGGCCAUCAGAAUCUCCAGUACACAGUUGACGGUUUGUGGCGACCGACCAUCCUGCAAAUGACUUUUCAUGAGAAUGGCCUGUUGAACAUCCCGGAAUUGAACAAGACUGUGACAAUGGCAGGGAAAGAGGUUGAAGGCUUGAGGAUCCUGUUGCAAGAGCUGGCAGCCCUGGCAGGGCUUUGUGUAUGCUUUGUUGAAGCUCGAUGCAAAGACUGCAUUCGGAUCUCCAUUGCAGGCGACAAUUUGCUGCAGUACACAGUGAAUGGGUCUUGGCGGCCAUGCUUCACAGAUUUGGACAUCCAUGAGGACGGAUGGGUCGACUUUCCAGAUCUGGGACGAAAAGCCCAGCUGCCUUUUGAUCAGGUCUACACACUGCGAUCGCAGCUGCGAGAAUUGCAACGACGCUCGCGAGAGCGUGAGGAGGACACAGAGGCCUCAGAGACUUCCAGACCUCAGCCAGAAGCGAAUGGCGGAGCUCGUUGGCUGGUGGUGGACGCAGACUCGGCCUGGAAGGAUCAGCUUGUGGGGACGGUGGUCGAGGUGCCAAGCGGAAGGGAUCAGCCGUAUGCCGUGGAUGUAUUUGCACCUGUGCUUGAUGAGGAGGAUGCAAUGAAUCCCUUCCUGGCUCGUUUCAGCAUCGAAGGGCUUCGUGCUUCACAACUAGGCCUGGCGAGUGACCACAAUGGUGGCUUGACUGCCAUUGGGCGCAAAAAUACGUCUUUUUGCUCAGUGCCACUGGUCGAGCUUCACGAGAAGGGCUGCGGUCAAGCAGCCCACGGCCGUUCCGCCCGUUUGGGAGGCCUUGCUACCAGGCCAGAGCUUGAAGGCCUCACUGGCACCAUCAUCGCUGGCCCUGAUCGCAGAGGCCAGUACAGCCUGAAGAUGAUGCUGGAGGAAGGGGAGCUGGACACGGUCACAGCCAAUGCAGAGAACAUCACCCUGCGAGUUCGCAGAGGCAACUUGUCUGAACUGCUGGAGCAGCCCCAGGUGAAGGCCAAAGAGCCCCAGCUGUCCGAGGGUGUACCGUUCCUGGCAGCACUGUACUAUGAUGUCAAGCCAUUGCCGACAACUAAACCGGACGAGGCUCCGGAAUCAGAGCUGGCUUCAAAACCUGCAAAGCACGAGGAAGCAGCCAGAGAGCCAAAGAGCAAGAAAAGGCCCAAACGGAAGGCCCGUGCUCGUCCUGCUUCACCACGGCCAUCAAGACCGUCUAGAUUAGUGAGUUUGUCGCCUGAAGCUGCAGCUGCGCUAGUGGCAGCUGGCGAUGUCUCGCAGCACGCUCUCACCGAGGUCCAGAGACAGAGAGGAGAAAGUGAGUGUUCACGUCAGCGAGCGCGAUCGAAAAUUUGA